UCAAAGCCCUGGUGGGAACGCGCGGUCGUAAUUAAGUCGCGCGCUCUGUUAACGCGAAGCGGUCAUUACGUCACGCGAAGCGGUAUUUUAUCACGCGAAUCCAAAUCUUCCGCCCAAAAAAUGAUAAUUUUAACAACAAAAACAUCGAGUGCUUCAAACAUGAGACAAAAGGAUUAGUGUAGUUAGAAAAAGCCGAUUCAAUUAUUGAAAGUGAGAAACGUGAGGGAGUUGAUAAAUUAUUAAUUAGCAAUUAAACUAAUUAUGAGACACAUUUCUGGAACCUGUGCUACAAGUAUGUUGUGGUUUUGAACAAUUGAGAACAAGUAAAACUACAGGUGACACCAAAUAUUGGAAGAUCUUCUUCAUUUACUGAGGCUGUUCGUUCCUGCACCUGUGAGAUACAACUGGCUUCAACAUUGACUCUGCACCUGAAGCCCCCAGCUUAUGGCCUGGGACAUGACCAAGGCACGAGAGGGGUGGAGGGGGAAGCUACUGGUGGGGAGACGCUGACACGGCGUGAUUAGAUGGCUGGCUGCGUGAGCUUGCUGGGACUUGGAGAAGAUAACGUCAGAGUGGGACUACUAGCCGUACUGCUUCUCGCCUAUAUGUUGUUUGGUGCUCUCCUAUUCAACAGACUGGAAAGCGGUGUAGGCGAAAACCAGCAAGCGGUUCUAUCAGCGGAAGGAGAGGAAAUUUACCAACAGCUGAGAGAACUGCUCGUCGUUCAGCGGCUCAGAUCGAACAACUCAGCAUCCGAACAGGAUACUCAGCUGAUACUGCAGUACUUGAUACAGUAUCAUCGACAAUACAGGGCUGACAAUUUGUGUGCCAACAACUCCGAGAGACAAGUGGAUGACUGGGAUCUGGCGUCCAGUUUUCAUUUUGUUAGCACCAUUGUGUCUACUAUAGGAUACGGCAACACAACGCCCAAGACCACAGCCGGAAGGGUGGCCGUUUUGAUAUACGGGUUCCUGGGCUGUUCGAGCGGAAUUCUGUUCUUCAACUUAUUCCUGGAGAGAAUCAUCACCUUACUAGCCUACAUUCUCAGAUGGUUUCACAUGAGGAAGCUCAAGAGAUUGAACAAAGCACUGCACCAACACCACACGUCGAACGAAGAUGAAGACAGUUUAGACGAGUGGAAGCCGAGUGUCUACUGGGUGAUGCUCUGUCUAGCUGUGUCAUCAGUCUUCAUAGCAUGCUGUGCCUCCUUCUUCUACUGUCAAAUGGAGAACUGGACGUUCUCUGAGGCCAUCUACUUCUGUUUCAUUUCAUUCGCCACAAUUGGUUUCGGUGACUACGUUUCAACGCAGGCCAAACAGUAUCCUUACGACUGUCUGUACAGAGGGCUAAAUUUCGUUUUCAUUGUGCUUGGCUGUUGCUGUACUUACUCGUUGUUCAACGUCACGUCAAUUGUUAUCAAGCAGGCACUGAAUUGGAUGAUUUUGAGGCUGGACUGUCGAUGCUGGGAUAAGAAGGGUGAAGCUGGCAGGAUGCUCAGGAGGCACUCUUUGAGGUUGCAACAGCUUCAGAGACAGCAAAGGAGACGGUCCAGCUUUGCAGUACCACGCAACAUGAGGCGUUCGCAAAAAGUGAUCACAAGGCGCACACCGAUGUGUGACGUCGUCGCCCACACUGGCGGUGAUACUGACUCCAUGUACAACUCUGACGGAGGAGAGAGAAAGAUGUCAGGAGAGCUGAUAUCGAUGAAAGAUUUCCUGUCGAGCAACAAAGUGUCGCUGGCUGUGAUGCAGAAGCAGCUGUAUGAGACUGCACAAAUGCAGCAUGGAAACAGCGACGAAAUCAUGAAUAAUAACAGCAGUGGAAGGCACAGAUUCACACCCGGAACGGUUGGACCCCUGGCAAUCGUAACAAGGAAGCUGGCAGAGAACAGCAAUGGAAGAUAAUUGAUGCUGGUGAGGAGAGGACACAACCAAGUGAUAAACAGUGAUAUUUUCAAAGAAUGAAGCUCAAUUAUUUAAACAAACGCUUUCUAAUUAAACUGUCACAAUUAUGAGAAGAAUGAUAAAAAUAUAUGGUAGACGUGGGGUAAUCUAGCUAGGAGAUGCCCGUUUAUACACGCUAAAUGCUUAGAUUUAGGUUGGAAAUAGAUCAAUUAGUUCAAUGAACAAUAAAAUAAUACUUUUAGAUUCAA